AUGGAUGGAUUGGAGAGCAAGUUCAGAGUCAACUGGGAGAGCUCAGAAGUGCCCAGUGUUCAGUCUCCCCAGCAGCGUCAAACACACCUGGACUCCAUAUUUAUGCUGCUGGAGGACAACAUCAUUACUUUUGUGAAGAAUGAGCUGAAGAAGAUCCAGAAGGUUGUCAGUCCAGAUUACCCAGAAUGCUUAGAGAGUCUGGGGGAGGAUGAUGAGCAGAGGAGCAGCAGAGAUGCAUUUAUGAAGAUCACAGUGGACUUCUUGAGAAAAAUGAAGCAGGAGAAGCUGGCUGACGAUCUGCAGAGGAGAAUGCCUCUUGGAGCAUUUCAACAUCAUAUCAAGUGUAUCUUGAAGAAAAGGUUCCAGUGUGUGUUUGAGGGGAUCGCUAAAGCAGGAAACCCAACCCUUCUUAAUCAGAUCUACACAGAGCUCUGCAUCACAGAGGGAGGGACUGCAGAAGUCAGUGAGGAGCAUGAGGUCAGACAGAUUGAAACAGCAUCCAGGAAACCAGACAGACCAGAAACAACAAUCAGACAAGAAGACAUCUUUAAAGCCUCACCUGGAAGAGAUGAACCAAUCAGAACAGUGCUGACAAAGGGAGUGGCUGGCAUUGGGAAAACAGUCUUAACACAGAAAUACACCCUAGACUGGGCUGAAGACAAAGCCAACCAGGACAUCCAGUUCAUAUUUCCAUUCACUUUCAGAGAGCUGAAUGUCCUGAACGAGGAAAAGUUCAGCUUGGUGGAACUUGUUCAUCACUUCUUUACUGAAACCAAAGAAGCAGGAAUCUGCAGCUUUGAAGACUUCCAGGUUGUGUUCAUCUUUGAUGGUCUGGAUGAGUGUCGACUUCCUCUGGACUUCCACAAAACUAAAAUCAUAACUGACCCUAGAAAGUCCACCUCAGUGGAUGUGCUGCUGAUAAACCUCAUGAGGGGAAACCUGCUUCCCUCUGCUCGCCUCUGGAUAACCACACGAGCUGCAGCAGCCAAUCAGAUGCCGCCUGGGUUUGUUGACAUGGUGACAGAGGUCAGAGGGUUCACUGACCCACAGAAGGAGGAGUACUUCAGGAAGAGGUUCAGAGAUGAGGAGCAGGCCAGCAGGAUCAUCUCCCACAUCAAGACAUCACGAAGCCUCCACAUCAUGUGCCACAUCCCAGUCUUCUGCUGGAUCACUGCUACAGUUCUGGAGGAUGUGCUGGAAACCAGAGAGGGAGGACAGCUGCCCAAGACCCUGACUGAGAUGUACAUCCACUUCCUGGUGGUUCAGGCCAAAGUGAAGAAGGUCAAGUAUGAUGGAGGAGCUGAGACAGAUCCACAUUGGAGUCCAGAGAGCAGGAAGAUGAUUGAGUCUCUGGGAAAACUGGCUUUUGAUCAGCUGCUGAAAGGAAACCUGAUCUUCUAUGAAUCCGACCUGACAGAGUGUGGCAUCGAUGUCAGAGCAGCCUCAGUGUACUCAGGAGUGUUCACACAGAUCUUUAAAGAGGAGAGAGGACUGUACCAGGACAAGGUAUUCUGCUUUGUCCAUCUCAGCUUUCAAGAGUUUCUGGCUGCUCUUCAUGUCCAUCUGACCUUCAUCAACUCUGGACUCAAUCUGCUGGAAGACAAACAAAUAACCUCUGAGAAGUUAAGUACAAAAGAAUCUGUGGGGAAACACUUCCACCAGAGUGCUGUGAACAAGGCCUUACAGAGUCCAAAUGGACACCUGGACUUGUUCCUCCGCUUCCUCCUGGGUCUUUCAUUGCAAACCAAUCAGACUCUCCUGCGAGGUCUAUUAAAAAAAACAGUUAGCAACUUGCAGACCAACCAGGAAACAGUCCAGUACAUCAAGAAGAAGCUAAAUGAGAAUCUGUCUGCAGAGAAAAGCAUCAACCUGUUCCACUGUCUGAAUGAACUGAAUGAUCGUUCUCUAGUGGAGGAGAUCCAACAGUCCCUGAGAUCAGGAAGUCUCUCUACAGAUGAACUGUCUCCUGCUCAGUGGUCAGCUCUGGUCUUCAUCUUACUGUCAUCAGAAAAAGAUCUGGAUGUGUUUGACCUAAAGAAAUACUCUGCUUCAGAGGAGGCUCUUCUUAGGCUGCUGCCAGUGGUCAAAGCCUCCAACAAAGCUCUACUGAGUGUCUGUAAACUCUCAGAGAAAAGCCGUGAAGCUCUGUCCUCAGUUCUCAGCUCCCAGUCCUGUAGUCUGAGAGAGCUGGACCUGAGUAUCAACAGCUUGGAGGAUUCAGGAGGGAAUUUUCUGACUGCAGAACUGCAGAGUCCACAGUGUACACUGGAAAGUAUCAGUCUGAGUAAUUCUAACCUCUCUGAGAGAAGCUGUGAAGCGCUGUCCUCAGUUCUCAGCUCCCAGUCCUGUAGUUUGAGAAUGCUGGACCUGAGUAACUCGGACUUGAAUGAUUCAGGAGUGAAACAUUUGUCUGUUGCAUUGAGGAGUACACGCUGCAAACUGGAAACUCUCAGGGUGGAGCCUGCUGGAGUCCGAUGGUUGAGACCAGGUCUGAGGAAGUAUUCCUGUCAACUCACAAUCGACACAAACACAGUGAACACAAACCUCCAACUGUCUGACAACAACAGGAAGGUGACACGUGUGGAGGAGGUUCAGUCAUAUCCUGAUCAUCCAGACAGAUUUGAUUAUUGGUUUCAGCUGCUGUGUAGAAAUGGUCUGACUGGUCGCUGUUACUGGGAGGUCGAGUGGAGAGGAGACGUUUAUAUAUCAGUGAGUUACAGAAGAAUCAGAAGGAAAGGACGUGAGUUAUGACUGUGUGUUUGAUACAGUGAUCAGUCCUGGAGUCUGUACUGCGCUGAUGAUGGUCCUCAUCAUGUGUGGCACAAUAACAGAGAAACAUCCAUCUCCUCCUCCUCCUCCUCCUCCUCCUCUGUCUCUAACAGAGCAGCAGUGUAUGUGGACUGUCCUGCUGGCACUCUGUCCUUCUACAGAGUCUCCUCUGACACUCUGAUCCACCUCCACACCUUCAACACCACAUUCACUGAACCUCUUUAUCCUGGGUUUAGAGUCUGGUUUCCUGGUUCCUCAGUGUCCCUGUGCUGA